GCGUCAUGCGUUCAUCUGCGCUCAGAUGCUGCUGUAAACUUAACUCGACGGCUGCCUAUGUCACUGGAAGGGAGCUCACAUCCUAUCGAUGGGUGUCUUGAGGAUAAGAAAUUCGCACAAAAAGAAAUAUGCACUCAUCUGCCUGUGCAUUGUUGGCGUCAUCAUGUACAGAUAUCUCGGCAUGCCAGCAGGGGGAUGGAGAAUGAGCAGGAAGGUGGGUCUGAGUGCCAACUCCUCCCAGUUCACCCUGGAGGGAGAGUCUUUCCGCAUCCUCGGGGGAUCCAUCCACUACUUCCGUGUGCCCAGGGCCUACUGGAAGGACCGCUUGCUGAAAAUGAAGGCCUGUGGAAUCAACACCCUCACUACGUAUGUGCCAUGGAGUCUGCACCAGCCAGAGAGAGAGGUUUUCAACUUCCACACACAGCUGGAUUUAGAAGCCUAUAUCAGUCUUGCUGCUGAAUUGGGAUUAUGGGUGAUUCUACGUCCAGGGCCAUACAUUUCCUCUGAGCUGGACCUAGGAGGACUGCCAAGCUGGCUCCUCAGUGAUGGCAGCAUGAGACUGAGGACGACUUACCCAGGCUUUACUCAGGCUGUCAAUACCUUUUUUGACAAACUUAUACCAAAAGUGGUUCCACUGCAGUUCAAGAAAGGAGGUCCCAUUAUUGCAGUGCAGGUCGAAAAUGAGUAUGGAUCCUUUGCAAAAGAUGAAAGUUACAUGCUUUUUAUUAAAGAGGCUUUACAGUCCAGAGGGAUCAGUGAGCUCUUGCUCACAUCCGACAACCACAACACUUUAAAGUCGGGGGGUGUGGAUGGAGCCAUCAGAUCAGUAAAGCUGCAGAAGCUAAAUCAGAGAGACUUCCAGGAUCUGAAUGCUAUCCAGCCCAACAGCCCUACCAUGGUGAUGGACUACUGGACCGGCUGGUAUGAUGUGUGGGGUGACCUCCACCAUGUGCUUCCCCCUGAGGAUAUGGUGUCCACCGUGAGAGAAAUUCUGAGGCGAGGCAUGUCUGUCAACCUCUACAUGUUCCACGGAGGCUCCAGUUUUGGCUUCAUGAGCGGAGCACUCGCUGAUCCUUCCUACAAAGCACUGGUCCCCAGCUAUGAUUAUGACGCUCCCUUGUCUGAAGCUGGGGAGUACACUCCAAAGUACCAUCUCCUUAGGGAUUUACUUUCUCGAUACAACAGAGGAGACAGUUUCCCUAACAUGCCAGCCCUGCAUUACAGUGAGGCUUAUGAACCAGCUAUCAUGUACCAGCACCUGUCCUUAUGGGAUGCUUUGAGCUUCACUGAGGGACCAUUUAAGUCACCCAAGCCAGUAAACAUGGAGAAUCUACCUGUGAACAACAGGAAUGGCCAGUCCUAUGGAUACACGCUGUAUGAGACUACCAUCACCGGUGGAGGAUUAUUGAAGUCUGGAGGCAAUGUUCAAGACCGUGCUCUAGUGUUUGUAGACAGAAGCUACAUUGGCCUUUUCAAGCACCAAAGCCUGGAGCUGGCGGUUCCUGAUGGUAAGGGACGGCGUACCUUGAGUUUAUUGGUGGAAAACUGUGGACGAGUUCAUCAGGGAAGGGACCUUGACAAACAACAUAAAGGUCUUGUGGGAGAUAUUUUAUUAAACAAUAUCCCCUUGCGGGAUUUUAUAAUAUACAGCCUGGAUAUGAAACCCAGCUUUAUUGAUAGUCUUUAUUGGGCACCUUGGAAAACUCUCCCUGAAACUCCCAGCUUCCCUGGAUUUUUCAUGGGGAGGCUGUUUGCAUACGGGUAUCCGAGUGACACAUUUGUGAAGCUGCCAGGCUGGGAGAAAGGUGUUGUGUUUAUCAAUGGGCUGAAUCUGGGCCGCUACUGGUCAAUUGGCCCCCAGCAGACUCUUUACCUCCCUGGUCCCUUUCUCAACAGUGGAAUCAACCAGGUCAUUGUGUUUGAGGAGCAGGAGGGUGACUACAAGGUCCUCUUUGAGGAUACACCUGACCUUGGCAUGGCAGCAGACAUCCAGUGACUGUCAUCACUGCUUGGAUGGGCAUUGUUUUUCAUGUAAAAAUGUGUCUUUUGACGAAGAUUUACAAAGUGCUUAUUACAUCAGGUUGAACCUUCAAAUAUAGUGAUAUUAAUGUUGUUAAUAUGGUCAUUGUCUAAUAUAAUACCUUAAAAUCUGCAGACAUACACACAGACCCAUAUUAAAAACAGAGAGAGCGUGUUUGUAUGGGAGCAGUUUAUAGCUAUGUACAUACGGUACCUUUAGUUACACAUAGAGCAGAAUUACCAAGUAGAUCCUCUUACCCAUGGAUUUCCAGUUGAAGAGUAAUAAUUUCUGGGGAUGGCAGUUGUAUUUGAUAUUGUUGAUAGAUUUGUAUUGCUUGUGUGAAUAUUCCACACAACGUGUCGGGUAGCAGUUAUUGAAAUGGACACAUCUUAGCCUGUAAAACAAAAACAGGCUAUGGGACAAUCUGAACUGAGGCAGGAGUGAUGCGAAAAACUUUCAGAUGAAACACAAGCAGCAUUGUAGUAACAUUUGUGCAACAUUCCUUUUCUUAAAUAAAAGUUCAAGUUUCA